CACUUCUUCUAGCGACUGGCAAAUGACACACUUCCAAAACGCGGUGCGCAGAAACGGUAUCUGUGCCGGUUAACGUGGCUGAUUUGAUUUUAAAGGCUAAUCCAAACUAGACCUGUUUUCUGCUAGGGAUCAUUGGAGCUGAUGGUGAUUCAUGAAAACCACAAAUGCUUAGUCAUUAGCGUUCAUUAUGGAGGGCUUACACUGUGAGCCUUGUCAAAUUCGAGGGACCAAUAACAAAGCACAUAAAGAAGCAGAGGCUUUGGAAGAGCGCCCCCUCCCUUCUGAGACUUGGAGCAACAAUUCAAAUAAAGCUACAGGACCAGGACCGGUCCAUUCUUCAGAAGGGGUUGUUGAAGGCUCAGCCAUUUCCAUUCCUUUCUCAGAAACUUUGUUGGGUUUAAUUGUGAAAAUGCCAGCAUCAUUGCAACCUGUGUGCUGCGCUGGUAGUCCAGUUCUGCUGCCAGUCCAGGUGCAACAAGCAGGGGAAAUAGAACCUGAAACAAUAGCCACACCUGUAAUCACACCUCCACUGGGCAGUCUCACUCUACCAUUGAUUUUUGAUCAGCCACAGGUACACUAUAGCCUGCUGGAGAAUAAUGGACUCUCUCAGAACCUGUCAUUGACAAUAGGUCAGUCUCACAGUUGCAAAGGGAAGUCUGAGAACACUGCCAUGUACAGCUCUGAAUUCAUAUCACCUUUACAGCAACUGAUUAGCUCUCCACAUUGUCGAGGGAGUAGUUCAUUUCCAUCAAAUGCCUUUGGUGCAAGUUUCAUCCCUCCAGAUAGCACUUUGUCACACCUCUAUACUGGUUCCCCACCGGUUUCCCUGCUUCCUCCUGCCACCUUGCUGGUACCAUUUCCAUUUGUCGUUCCUUUGCCAGUGCCUCUACCUAUACCAAUCCCAAUCCCAUUCAUAUCAGACUCUUGCCUCUCUAGAGCAAGUCAUACCAUUAAAACAAGCAAAAGCACCCAGACAGAAUAUAUUUCAGUUUGUACCCACAACAGAAUGUCUGGCUAUGAUUUCUUGCAGUUACCAAAACAACCUCUCCAUCCAGUUUCUCAGGAAGAAGUGCUCGACCUCACAGUUAAGGUUGUGCCAAUGCAAACAAAUCGGGAAGUCCAGUUCCAUCAAGACCAUGCUCUGGACCUUUCUGUGGCUAACAAAUCGUGCUUUAACACCAACCUAAUUCAUUGUGGAAGAAAUUCAGAAAAUGUAGAUUCAGCAAAGCUGAUUCUGCCCAUGAAGUGUUCACCAGCUCAAGCGACCAAUCAGCCUAAUGGUUACUCUGACAUGGAAUUUAGCAUGCACUACAAAUGGACAACAGAAAAGCGAUAUAAAAAAUAUUCUUUAAAAUAUUCUAACCAAAAUGGCAAUGUCGUGUCUCCAAAGCACAUACCAAGAGUCACUCAGUCUACUAAGGACGCCUCGGUCAGGAUUUGUGAGCAAAUAGUACAGGGACAAGUCUUAAAGGAGAAAAUAGACAAGAAGAAGAGAGUGAACUCUCAGAAUAUUAACAAUUCUCCAAUCAAGAAACAGCAUUUCAUGACAUUUUGUUCUAGCAAGUAGAUUUCUGAUUGAGAUUUUGCAGGAUCAUUCUUCCUUGCAUGCCGGGCUGCAUUGGUGGUAGUCUAGUCAGGCUACUUCACUUUAGCACUGAUCUCAGAUCAGCCAUAUCUGCCAUACUCAAGCCCUCUGUUCCUCAUGUACAAACCUGGGACUGCAGAACUGUGGAACCCACCAAUAUUCUUUUUAGCUAUUUUUAAUUUUUUCACUCUUGAACAAGGCAAAAUAUAUAUGUAACAUGUAAAGAUAUUUCUUUUUAGAAGAAGUGGGUUUGUGUCCCUUGCGUUUUUGUGCAUGCCGACCUGGAUGUGAUCCUCACUUUGGUUCUAGCGACAAAAUUCGGUAGCAUUUUUCCUCUGGUUUUUAGAUUAGUGCAGAAACAACUUUGUGAUCAAGAAAAGUUUAUUUCUUAUUAGUUUAUACUUAUUUUACUCAAGAUCUUAACAACUUAACAAUUUUUUUUAUGAAAUCUGAAACCUACAUACAAUAAAAGUAAACACAGAUGCUUUAAAACUUUAUUUAAAAAUGUUCUCUGAUAAGGAUCUGUGUUCUUUUUGUGGUUGGAUUUGACUGAGUAAGAUGCGUGUUAUUUGUAUGCACACAGCAAUUCUGUAGUAGAUGAGUUUAAUGUCCCCGACCACCCCGGUAGUUCCAUUCAGCUAUCUCUGAUGUUGUUUGUCAUGAAAAAAAAGGUCAAAAUCUCCUGAGCUUGUGUUAACCACAGACUAUAGCAUGAAACCAGAAGCACAAACAAGCUAACUCCUUUCCAGGCACUCUUUUUUUCCCCAUUUACUAGCUCUUGUUUAUUCUUAACUCUGUACUAACUACUUCAAAUUUGCAAGUUUGCAAAUCUAUAAGAAUACUAUAAGUUUUCCAAGUUUUCUGGAUAAAAGAUCAUUGUUAGAAUAGCCGUAACUCAAUAUGAAUUUUUUUUUUCAAUCAUAAAGCCGCCUUCACACUGCACACGACAAACGGACACGACUGUCGGAUUCGGCCCCCUAGUGACAGUCGCACGUAAUGUGCAAUAUGAUCGUGCAGACGUCAACAUGGGAGAGAAGCGAGAUUCUCGCGGUCUCCAAACACCCGUUACUUUAUGAUCCAACUCUUGAAUCAUACAGAGAUGCUUACAGGAAAAAUGAAGCAUGGAAGCGUGUUACCGAAAUGGGCUAAAUGUUUGCAAACUUAAUUAGCAUUUAUCAUGGUGAAUGAAGUUAGGAGUACAAACAAUCAAUGCAAUCCAGAAAGACCGCGAAUAAUUUUUGAGGAAACAUGGGAACAACAUUAAA